CUCUCUUCUGAAAUUCAUCAUCUUCAUCGAAUUCUAUUAUUCAUUGUUGAUCUCCCGAGUGUUUCAAUCUUGCUAUUCCUUUCGAUGUCAAGAGCUCAACUCAAAGAUCAGGCAGACGCUAGUCUUGAGAUAAUUUCCAUCGGAUCCUUGUACAGUGGACCGUGGGCCAAGAAGUACUGGAGCAGCUCUAGGGGUAAGGAUCGAUUUCCCUAUCCAGUCGGGUAUCAGGCUGUUCGGGAUUACAAUGGGAUCAAAUAUAAAAUAGAAGUUCAUGAGGGUCCAAAAGGACCUUUAUUUAUGAUUUUGUCCAUGGAUGGACGUUCAUUUUCUGGGCAGACCCCUGAUAUUGCAUGGGAGAUGUUUCAGAGGAAAAGCUGCCUCCAUACUAAAAUUUGGCACGGGAAAAGGUCUUCAUGCAAGGUUGAUGGCGUGGAGUUUUUUGGGUUAAAAAAUCCAUUUGUUCAGAGGUUACUUAGGGAGCUAGUGGCAAAUGUCAGUGGAACAGCAGAGCUAGACCCUUCAAACUUAUGCAGCAAGGCUUCUGGAUCUGCACAGACUGCAGUUGAGCAACAUUGUGUUGAUGAGUGUAAAACUGCUAAAUUAGUUUCUAGCCAUGAAAGAUCGAAGAGUGCAAGAAAGAGAAGCAGAAUUCAAGGAAUUGAAACGGCAAAGUCACCCAAUGGUUCUAAUCUAAAAAAAGCACGAAAUCAUGGUUCUGGAAUUAGAUCCAUGACUGCAGAAUUAAAUUCAGUGUCUGCUAAUGAUGGGAAUCAAGGUUUUUGUGAGAAAGCUAUAUGUGUACAAGAGGAGCAUGCUGUCUCAGAGACCACUCAAGUAGCUCAUAAUGUGUCCAUUGAUGAAAAACAUCAUGAUAGGUUGUCAACGGACAAAUUGGAAUAUAUUAGUCGAGAAAUGGAAAUAGAUGAUAACAGUGGGGUUGCUUCUUUCCAAAAGGAUUAUUGUCCAGACACUGAAGAUAAUAAUCAUGAUGCUUCAGAUACCUCAGAUCAAAAGCAAGUUAUUUUUGAGUCUGCUCCAAUUAGCUUUGAAAAGAAAAAUCUCAACAAGCUUGAUAUCAUCAUAUCUGAAGAGUCGGUGAUGGACGCCCGUCCAGAAGAAAUCUGCUCAUUGAACAGGAACUCAGGCUCCAAAAGAAAUGAUUUUGAUUCAGUAGGCCAAGACAUGGUGAAGUCAAUGAUGACAUAUUUGCUUCCACAAGCAGUUCCUCUGCUUGAGGAGAAUUCUGGCAGGAAAAAGACGGCCACAUCUAAUUUGGAAACUUUUCCUUGUGAUGAAAAUACAAAAGAUGUUUGGCCUACGGAGAGAGAAGGUAGAGAAAAGCAGGAAUACAUGAACAUCCAACAUGGGAAUUACAAAUUUGUUGUCCCUUGUCUUGAGCUUCCCAAAACUGGCCUUGACAAUCUAGAGGGUGAACAACAUUAUGACCGUGCAAACGUUAAUGGCAGCUUCUCUUCUUUUGCUGACAAUGAUCAAGCCAAGGAAGACAUGAAACCUGUUGAUUCUUGUGGAUUCCAAUUCUCUGGUCGCAUGAAUGAGUUGUUAGUAAAUCAUCAUGAAGCUUCUGGAAUCAAGAAGUCCCGUGACAGUGAAAAUGGUGAAAAUUUGCUUGGAACUUGUCAGGAGGGUAAUUUGUAUGUUUCAGAAUGUCCUCCCAGCUGCAGUUCUUCUGGUAGAGUUCUCAAUGAAUGUCCGUUAAAUCUCCAAAUAAAUUCCUGUAAAGUGGACCAGAAAACUCCUGAAGAUUACAAGGAAAUCAAUGGUGAUGAGCAACCUUGUCCGAGUGAAUCCUUUUCUCAACUAUCGCAUGCUCAGAGUGCAAAUGAUUCAAGUGUACGAAGUACCUCCGCAUUUUCAGAGGCAUUAAAUAAGGAAGUCAUUUUAGGAAAAGAGGCUGUGGGAAUUGACACUUCGCCAUUUUCUCAAGUUCCAAGCAUUGUGUACAGUAGGAGAAAAACUCAAAAGGUGUCUCAUUUGGCUAAGGAAGAGAAUCGUCCUUCCGAAGCUUCCAACACUAGUGACCUUGGAAAACAUUAUGGAACAGAAGCAUCUUCCACUAAAUCUCCACAUUCUUCUGGUAUCAAUGUUUGCACUUUACCUGGAAACCAACUAAGAGAAGAUUUACUUUCUGAACCUACACGUAGAGAACCGCCCCCCAUCAAUUGCAGUUAUGAAACUACUAUGAAAGCUGAAACAGGAUUAGAAAAAAUAUGCCAUCGCAGUCCUACAUUAGACCUAAAUGAAGCAUCGCCACAGAGAGACAACAAGAGUCAUAAUUCAGGACUUCUAGACAAACAUGUUUUGAAGGAAGAUUUGGAAGGUUGUGUUGAUGGGGGAAUGAUUGAGCAUAAUAAUGUUUUGAGUCCAAAUAAAUAUGAGUUAUUUUAUGAUGUGGGAGAAACCUCCAUAGAUGAAAGUAAGGAUUCUUAUCCUCAUGGCAAUGUGGAGCUCUAUCGUGAGGCAGAAGGAAUGUCAAAAAUAGUGGGAUCUUAUUUGCACCCUAUGCCUGUAUUAUCAAUAUUUCUCAGCAACGUUGAGAAUGUAAUCCACAUUUGUGUUUUGUGUGGUCUUUCGGUGGAAAAGAACAGAACACUUAUUACUUACACCGUGGAACUGAAAGAACCAAGGUUGGGAUACCCAUCCAUGGUUGGCCACACGACAGUAAUGGUGCCGACUCUAAAAGAUUAUUUGGGCAAAGAAGUUGCAGUAGAGCGAACUGGUUUCCAGCAAACUCCAGAUGGGAACUUUCUUGUUUUGGUUGGUGGCGUUGAAGCACCUCUUUGCAGAACAGGGAGUAUAAAUUGUCCAUGCUCUACAUGUACAUCUCGCAAGUUUGAAGAGAAUGUGGUGAAGAUUGUGCAAGUUAAAUAUGGUUACGUGUCAAUCAUUGCAAACUUGAGAAGUGUUGACAGUGUACAUUGUAUAUUGGUUUGUGGACCUGAUCAGCUUGUUGCUGUUGGAAGUGGGGGACGUCUGCAUCUUUGGGUCAUGGAUUCAACUUGGAGCAAACAGAUAGAAAGUCAUACCAUACCGUCUGAGGACCACAUAUCUCCUAACUUGGUUGAGCUUCAAAAGGUCCCACAGUUUUCCAAUUUGGUUGUAGGCCACAAUGGAUAUGGUGAAUUCAGUUUAUGGGAUAUCCAAAAACGUGCAAUGAUGUCUAGGUUCUUUACUCCGAAUGCCUCAGUUAAUCAGUUCUUUCCAAUUAGUUUGUUUCGUUGGAAAGAAACGGAAAGCUUUACCAGCAACGUUAAUUCAAGGGACUAUGUUAAAGAGCUGUCGUGUGCAACAAAUACAAGUUCAAUGAUCCCUGAUGAACAUUCGUCACUUCAGCUGAAGGAUACUGCCAUAUGGCUUUUUGCUUCAACCACAUCAGAUUCUAAUGAUCCACAUAACUAUUUACCAACGGGUUGUCAGAAAAAUCAUGCAGAAUUGUGGAAACUAAUGCUACUUGCUAACAGCACGGUUACAUUCGGUGCGGAGCUGGAUUUAAGGGCUUCUGCAAUUGGGGCAUCAGCUGGUCGCGGUAUCAUUGGGACUCAGGACGGCCUAGUUUAUGUGUGGGAAUUGUCUACAGGAAAUAAACUGGGCACUCUUCUUCGCUUCGAAGGUGCAAGUGUUAUUUGUAUUGCAACUGAUAAUAGAGAGGGAGGCGUGGUAGCUGUAGCCGCUGGUAGUAGGCUUCUGGUAUGUCUACUUUCAUCCCAAUAACCAAAACUGCACUAUCAACGAAAUGAAGAAAAUUACUUGUAAAUUGAACACUUAUCAGCAAAAUGUUCAUAGUUUUGAGUUGAUGCCUGCCAUGAUAUUGAUAUGACAAUGUAGGAUUUAUUGUAACGUGGCUGCAUUUUGACCGAUGAUGAUGAAUCAAAAUAAUCAUUCAUCAUGAAAUAAAGAAAUCAUAGUAACUUUCAUGUUGACAA